AUGGCUCUAAAUCCCAAACUCAAAGUUCAAGUCUUCAACCACUUGGAGCUUAGUCAUCAGCCUAAUCUUCCGUUAUCGAUUGCUCGUUUGAUGGAUAUAAAAGAUGGAUUGAAAAAAAUAUAUACGGAGUAUAUACAAGACAAAAAAGAGGAAGAGAAGAAACGGAACAAAAAGGUGGAAGAAGAGAGGAUGACGGCGAGCUCGGUUGACACUGCAGGUUCAGCAGACGAGCAGCCUCUGCCCUCGCCCCUGUCGCCGUCGACGUCGAUGAGCUCACCAUCUCCAGGCGAAGAAGCGGGCAGGCUGGCGGACAUGGCCUCGAACGGGCUGGACGACGUCUUUGGCUCGUCUCCGCCACGAACAGCAGCAGAAACGACGGCAGCAUCGGCUGCAGACGAAGAUGGGGACAUGCUUGGUAGAAGGGCUGGUGAGGACACGGUGCCGUCUCUCGCUGAGCCAUCGGAUCUACCCUCGCUGCGGCGACAGCAUGUCACAGCCGGGUACCGCGACGGGGUGACGGCGGCCAAGGGCGAGCAUGUGCAGCGGGGGUUCGACAAAGGCUACCCCGUUGGAGCAGAGCUGGGAGUCCGAGUGGGAAUAGUGUUGGGCGUGCUAGAAGGCCUGGUUAAGGCGCUGUCUAGUAGUGGUGGUGGUAGUGAAAAAGAAGCAGAGGAUAAGGACAGCCGGGCUGCCAGCCGGGCCAGGGUGACGGCGCUCUUCGAAACGGCAAAGAGGGAGCUGGUGCUGGAACGGAUCUUUAGUCUGGAGGAGCAAGGAACGGUAAAGGAAGUGGAAAGGGGGGAAGAGGGCGAGGGAGAGGACCGUGGUAAUCCCUAUAGCCGACUGGGACAAGCUGGGGACACGGCCGUUACACGGUGGGAAGAUAGGGUCCGGAUAUUGCUUGCUGAGCUACGCUGA